CAAGUGGAACCACGUGACACUUUAAAGCUAGAUAACGCGGAACGAUGUGCUUUAACAUAAAAUACUCAAACAGCGUUGUUUAACGAGUUGUGUGGCGAAGUGGUAUAUCUCAAUAUCAGGAGUAGCUUGAAUCGUGGAUGCUGUAUAAGCAAUGCAACACCUUUUAGAAGUUCCCAUAUAUGCUGGGAAAUGUUUCGGUUUUCAUCAUUUGCUGUCUUUGGUAUAGUGAAGGAACACGAUGUCUCGUCGAUGUAUUUUUUCGUAGACCAAGGAAGUUGCACAAUUAUCAGCGCUUGAACAAAAACUCGAAGCAAAACGAUGUUGCGGGUAGCGUUGUGUGUCGUCAUCUUGGUGGCAGCGGUCCACUGCAUGCCGACUGAAAUUGAAGCUAAAGCCAAAUGCGGAUCUACGUUCAAGCUGACGCUAGAGGAGGAUUUCCGUGUGAUUAGUAAAGCAGUCGUGGACACGAAUGACACGUGCACGUUCAAAUUCACUUCGGAGAACACGGGGGAUUGUAAGGGAACAUGCUACAUGUUUGACCAUUACGCGGAGAUCCGGGACGACAAAGUUGCGUUGAUCGUUGGAAAAAAGACCUACCUGACCGGAAGUAAUUUCCCGAACACGCCCGUGUGCAGUGAUGACGUCACAGUUGACGUCACGUUGAUCCACGCAUCGGGAUACAUGCACAACACGACGUACCCGAACUACAAGUUCAAGCUGAAUGUCUACAACAAAUGUGGACCGAAGGGCGAACAAUAUAACCUGACCUUUGAAGAUGUUAUUAGUGAACUUGACGGUUACCACCAUGGAGAAGAAAAAGAGUCGCGACAAAGAAAUGUGUUUAUUGCGGGAGUUCUAGUGGGGGUUGGCCUGGCCUCGUGCUUCCUGAUCAUGGUGGCUGUCACUUACUGCUUCAUGCGCGAAAAUUCGAACCGCCGCUCCAACAGUAAAGCGAUUCCUAAACCUGACGGUAAGCAGAAAUUUACGCCAGGGCAACAACCCGUAGAAGUCGAGAUGGGCGUCGCUUACAAGGCCACAGAUCCAGACAAAGUUGCAGCUAAACCUCUGUUGUCGGACAAGGUCGGAGAGGCCGCCAAUAAAGGUGCUUACACGACUAACAUUUCUAGCAAUUAUAUUGUACCGUAGACCCUUCAAAACUGGAGCCUGUUGUAAUAUAUUGUUCCUUUAAUACUGAAAGUGUUAACACAUGUAAUAAAUAUUUGGUACCGUUACCUUUGCAAAACGUGAGCAUUUAAAAAUAGUUUGUAUCGUACACUUUUAAAAUAUGAAUACAUUUUUGUCGAGCAAUGUUGCGGUCAGCUCGAUAUAGAUGUCACAGAAGGCCCAAUGGUUUUUUUUUUUUAAAUAUCGUUAUAAGGUCCUUUUAUUGUUAUAUGUUUGAGAGUGCCUCAGUCCGUCCGAUCUCUGCCGCCCAAUAUCUUCAUGCCUUUUUAUCCCCACGCUUUUUAAAAAGCGUGGGGAUAUUGUGGUUAUCUCCGGCGUCUGUCCGUCUGUCUCUCCGUCCGUCCUGGCCACUAUCUCCUCCUACACUAUAAUCACUAGAACCUACCUUGAAACUUACACACAUGGUAUCUAUGAGCAUAUGUGCGACCCUGCACUAUUUGAAAUUUCGAUCUGACCCCUGGGUCAAAAGCUAUGGGGGUUGGUGUGGGGCCGGGUCAGAGAUUUUCCUGCGAUCGCGAUUCGAAAAAGGCUCAUGACUACUGUGUCCCUUCAGAUAUUGAUUUCAUAUUUGGUAUUCAUGUGUAUCUAGACAACACCUUUCCAUGCGCAUACAAAUGUUUUUACCCCUGUGACCUUGACUUUGAACUUCGGGUCAGUUUUAAGGUUUCGAAAUCUGCGACCGCGAUUCGAAAAAGGCUCAUAACUAAUGUGCCCCUUCAUAUAUUGCUUACAUAUUUGGUAUGCAUGUGUAUCUGGACGUAUCUGGACAAGACCUUUCAAUUCGCAUAAAAAAAUUACCCGUGUGACCUUGACCUUGAACUCGGGUCAGUUUUCAGGUUUUGAAAUCUGCGACCGCGAUUCGAAAAAGGCUCAUAACUACUGUGUCCCUUCAGAUAUUGCUUUCAUAUUUGGUAUGAAUUUGUAUCUGGACAACACCUUUCCAUGCGCAUACAGAAAAAAUCCCCUGUGACCUUGAACUUUAACUUGGGGUCAGUUUUCAGGUUUCGAAAUCUGCGACCGAGAUUCGAAAAAGGCUCAUAUUUACUGUGUCCCUUCAGAUAUUGCUUUCAUAUUUGGUAUGCAUGUGUAUCUGGACAACACCUUUCCAUGCGUAUACAAUUUUUUACCCCUGUGACUUUGACCUUGAACUUGAGGUCAGCGUUCAGGUUUCGAAAUCUGCGACUGCGAUUCGAAAAAGGCUCAUACCUGCUGUGUCCCUUCAGAUAUUGCUUCAUAUUUGGUAUGCAUGUGUUUCUUGACAAGACUUUUCCAUGCGCAUGAAAUAUUUCACCACUGUGACCUUGACCUUGAACUUAGGGUCCGCGUUUAGAUUUUGAAAUCUAUUAUGUGGUUAUCUCCGCCGUCUGUCCGUCCGUCCUGGCCACUAUCUCCUCCUACACUAAUAGCACAAGAACCUUGAAACUUACACACAUGGUAGCUAUGAGCAUACCGUAUGUGCCACAUUGCACUAUUUUGAAUUUUGAUCUGACCCUUGGGUCAAAAGUUUUGGAUUUGGGGUGGGACCGGGUCAGAGAUUUUCACUUAAUUUUUUUAGGUAAUUUUACAUUAACUUCUUCAUUUCUACACCCAUUUACUUCAAAUUUAUACUGAACAUCUCUUAUGAUAAUACGGUCAGGCCCCAUUACCAAACCUGGGGCGCCCCUGGGUCAAACAUGCGGCGUGUGGAUACGCGUCGGCCUCUGCCGCGCCAUUUUAGUCCAAUAAACUUAUUUGUAUGUCCCACCUUGUUUCGGACUAAUUGCAACAAAGUUGUUCUUGGUCUUUUCAUAAACUAUUAUAUAUGACGUAACUCUGAAAAAAAGUUGCACUCCAACAAAUAAGGCAAUUUUGAGAUAAUUCGUUCAAUUUAUUGACACUUAAGAAAUAAUGAAAUAUCCGUGCGUAUUUUGAGUUUGUCUUACAUCAUGAAUUAUAAUGAAUUAAUUUGCAAUAGAUUUUAAUAGUUUUCGAGCAAAAAUAAGAAUAAACAUUUGAUUUAAAACAAAUUUUGAACUUUCAAUGCAUUACAGUGGUUAAGAUCGUACAUGUUGAUAAGGUAAAUUACCACACCCACUUUAACUUGCGUACAAAAACACAUUAAAAACAACAUAAGUAUUUAUCCAUAUGCUUAGUGCAUUUUAACACGUGUUGCAUAUAAACAUUAAACUUAAUAUUAUUAAUGUUCAUAUGUACCUAAAUAACUAAUAUGUACAAGUAUUUUAAUUUAAAUGUCCAUCUUCUUCAAUUUCGUCAGCAGACUCAAUAUUGCUGGAGUUCGUGCAACUAGUGCCUCGGCAGGAUCCACACCCCGGGGAACAAUCCAGACCGUGUUUUCGACACGAACAACGUUUAUUAUCACAGUUAGUUUUGCAGUUGCAUCUAAUGAUGUUCAAUAGACUUUCAGGUGCAGCAGGUCGGUUAGUUUUCACUGGCGUAUACCUCUGGCUCUUAAGUCCCAACCACAAUCUUCUGGGCUGAUGUUUUUAUUACCAAUCCAUAUUUGCGACUGAAUAUACACACGAUGGCUAUGAUAUGCUGCUGCUGCCGAUGUCGGCGGAAGUGUGUGAACUUGAACGCAAGAUGUACUCGACAAAACUUUUGUUGUGAACUUCUGAUACCUUAGUAAAUCGAGAUGUUGAUCCGUGUUUCCAUCAAAAAGAAUUAUCAGAGCUUUUUCACCGUUCUGUUCAACUUCUGCUUUUUAUAUGCUGGCCAUGAAGAAUUGACCCACCUCUUGUAGUUUUAGAUUUUUGCGGAGCAUUUUAAGAGCCGAGGAUUUGCCGACUCCAUAUACGCGGGAAGUAAUGUCACAUCCGGUCAGAGCAUGAAGAAAUGGCAGCAGAUUGCAUAAUGGCCUAGACAAUAAUUUCUGCAAUUUAUGUUUAUCCCAAAGUUUGCUUGUGUUUGAUUUGGACUGUGUUGUAUCUGACAUCAAGACAAUUUUAUGAGAUUCUUCUAUUGUAUGGUAACACAGAAGCACUAAAAGAUCAGUGUCUUCUCCUAUUACAAAGGUUGGAGAGGUUUUAGCAAUGUGUAUGGCUGUUUGAACUAUAAGUACAUCAGCGUCACUUUCUGCAUGCUUCACAUGUAUUCCUCUUUCACCAAGGUAAGUUCGCAAUAAGUUUAUGAAGUUUUGUUUGUUUUCAAUAUUUUUCAGAAACGAUUCUUUUUUUAUCGAAACGGUGUAUUGCUCGUGAAUCUCACCGGUGUACCUACUAUUCCAAGAUUACGGCGAACAUGUGUUAUAUCCUUGGUGGAUGGUCCACUGGUAUAGCCAUCAAAUACAACUGUUGUGUUUGAAUACUUUUGAGCCAAAUAUUGGUAAUUUUGUUCAAAUAUGGUUUCAAAGGUUCCAUCGUUCUUCCAUGGUAUUUUAUGUAUCAACGAUCCGCCAUCGAUGACAUUGGAAGACGAAUCUUCUUGAAAUUUUUGGACAGCGACACAGUCUCCAAGUUUUCACAUUGCCUCAGCGAGUUGACUUUUUUGUGCCACUCUAAGUAAUCCCGUGUUGUCAAAUAAAGAAGAUGGGUUAGAGCUCAAUUCAUACUUAAAGAUAGUGGCGAUGUCUUCGUUAACUCUAUCUGCAACUGGCAUAAGCCUUUGGAAAAGUAGUUGAGGGUCGAUGCUGACAGUUCCGUCAUCAAUCUUCAUGCAAUUAUUGUCACUUAAUGUGACUUAUUUGUCCUUUUUUUCUAAAAACGUAUUCAUCUAUGGACUUUCUAACCAUAUUCUGAAUGACUUUAUCUCCUAUUUCAAGAGCCGAGUCAACAUUAACACAUUUAUCAGAUGUGACACCAGUGUCAAUGUUUCGGAGAGAUUUAUCACUUUCGUCAAAUGGAGAUCUUUGUCGCAAAAAGCGCAAUACUUGCAUCGUAUCAUGGCUAUCACGACUUGUACGAGAAUUCGAGGCAUCCCGAUGUUGCUCACUGGUAGUUCGACCCGGGUGUUGUACACGCGAUUAUUCCCAUUGCGUGAAAGGUUCCAUGACCAUCAAGGACAUUAUGGUCAACAUUGUCUGCAACGAACUGAAGGAAUGUCCCCGGGAAAUAUGAUGGAAUAGUUGUGUUCAUUGUUGCUGCUGCAUUCGUUUCAAAUCGUUGAACUUCAAAAUAUGACGCACAAAACCCCAUAUGGUUAAGUAAAUCCACUAAAUACCUAUUACCAAAGUGAUGAUGUAGCUGAACUGCAAGGCCUAUCUGUAAUGGCGCCAAUAUACCCCUUGGUCUACAUGCCUGUAUAACGGCUUGUUCAAUCGACGCUAACUUUACAUCUACGUCAUUCCCACAAAGUAAUAUUGAAAGCAAAAUAUGUAAACUGUUGGGUAAGAACGCUUUGUUUUCGGCUUUAGACGAUACUUUGCAGUACGGUGGGUAAAAUUUCUUGUUGGUUUCCGAUGGCAUUGAAUUGAUGUCAGCCUUGAUUACCUUCGCCGCUGCACUAAUUAUUAUGUACAUUUGUUCCUCUUCCGAAAGCCCUUGUGUGUUUUUUGAAAAGUCAUGAAUAAUUUCCGAUGCUUUUCGUUUCAUUAAGAACUUUGGUUUCAGUAUUCCCGAAAGUAGUUAUUGCUACAGAAUCUCCAAAAUGGUCGAUUAUCUUUUUCUUCAUAUGUUUGUGUGAGAAAGCACGGUCCCCACAUGUUUCCUCCAUUACAUGGAUAAGUUCAGUCAUUGUCAAUACACAUCCCUCAUUUUCCUCUAUGUAAGCAACAACAUUUUUGAAUGCUUCUGUUGUGUCUGCUGAUUCAGGUCUACCGGGACUUUUCCUCGGCGUUUUUACAAGGAAUGAUAUUGAGGUCAAACUCCUUCGGAAUCUGACGAUUUGUCCUGAAGUUUACACUGCAUGAUUGGUGAUAUAAGGCAUCAGCCGCUGGAAGAUCGAUUAUGCUUGCAAUUCUGCCGGAUACAUCUUGCGCCCACUGGUCAUUUCGUUGCAAACAAACACGCUAAAUUGACUACUGGAAUUCAAGAAUUCUGAUCGAAAAAACAUCAUAUCCACGUUUUCUGUGGUUAAACAUUGCAUCUUGAGAACAAAAUAUGCACUUUUGUUUGAAGUCAAAUACGCCCAAAGACCUACGCACUUUGACGAACUUCCGUUAUUGUUCCGGUCAGAAAUAUUUGUAGUGUUUCUUUUGGGUAUGAAGUCUCUUCUGCAUUCAAUAUGAACUUCUUGUCCUGUUAUUACAUGAAUAUUUAACUGUCGCUCAGCACUGGCUUUGUUUAUUGACUCGCUUCCUUUCUCACGCAGCUUUACAGUAGGAAGGUGUGUGAGAGGUUUGUUGCAGAGUACACAGUCGUCCAUCUGAAAUAAAUAAAUUGCAAAUUAAUAAGAGUCAUUCUAUUCCAUAAGAGGUGCACAAUGUUAAUGCAUAUUACUUCACGUAUGAUAAAAUGGGUUAUACGUCUUGUAUUGAGUAUAAGGGUCAGAGUAUAUUAUUUAUAAAUAUUUUAAGCACCGACUUAGUAAAAAACUUUAUUUUCAUGUUUAAUUUUGUGUAUAUAUUCGAUCUGGGUAUGAUAAAUUUACUGAUGAACGCAAUAAUAUGUCAUAAGAAUAACUGUAAUAAAAUUAUUAAUAAAUAUACAUAAUGCUUUAAAUGCUUUUAUAUUUAAUGUUAAAUAUUUUGAAUGAAAAACAAAACUUAAAGAAUGAACCAUCUCUAUAUCUUAGUAAAUAAUAUUAUAUUUGUGACACAAAUGGUCUUCCGUAGUUUUUAAAAAUGAUCGAAUAGGAGCGUCCUACUAACUGCGUUUUAAUAUUGAAAAUAAUUGUUUCAAUAUUUAAAAUAAUUGUAUCAGCAUUCUAUAAACCUCAAUUGUUGAAACUAAAAGAACUCAUAAUGGUUAACUACAAAUCUAGUAUUUAUAUAAAGUAUUUUUAUGUUUUUGAAGGACCUUCCAUGUGACCUCCACGGACUUUCAUUUUCUUAGAAAACAAUGCAUACAUAUAAAGUUCUUACAAAGAUACUAUCACAGUAACUUACUGACAUUAAAUUAACAUCAUAAAACAAGCAUAAGUGUUACCUACCAUGCUAAAUGUGGCGAAAAAUUCACUGUUUACAUGUCGAUGAUGAAGUUUUGAAAGCGUUCCGCCAUUAAAAUUGUGACGAAUUAUGACGUCACAGGACCAUCUACUGAAGAGCGUUAACUAUGGUGAACUGUACAUAAUUUUUAACUAACAAUGGCAUCAUUUGGUGAUAACUUUUUAAGUCGGUAUUUUAGAAGAUAUCUAGACAAUAUACUAUCAUAUUCUGUAAAGAUAAACUUUGUUGCAAAAUGUCUGAGUAUAUAUUUUCAAUUGAUCAGGCUAUUUCUAGUUAUAAAAUGACUUGCAAUAAAUGGUCACCAUUUGGAUAUUGCGCAUCGCGCUUUAAACCUGUGUCGCUAGCUCAACGGGUUUAAUCACAUAAAUUUAACGGUCACAGGUUAAAUCUGAGACUAAAAAUGUAAUAUUUUGUAACGUGUAUUCCUCAAAAUUAAAGCACGUGUUUUCAUUUGUAAAUUGUUUGUAUCUUAAACUCCUUAAAACUGAGCGUACAACAAAUUGUGUGUAGUGAACGUGUUGAAAAAUUAAAUCUUCUCAAUGUCUUGAACUUUAAUUUGUGUUGUUAUUACAACUUGUAUUUACAAUCAUUGUUGUUCUUAUUAAGUAAUAUGUCAUACAGUUUUAAUACAUGGCUCCAGUUGUUGAACGGUUUUUUAUGUAUACAACAUUUUAAAAGAAAGUUAACUAAUAAUAAUAAUAAUAAUAAUACUUAUAUUACUACUACUACUAAUAAUAAUAAAAUAUUUGCCCCCUGUAGAAAGGUGAGUGGUAUACUGGAAUCACUACGGUGUCCGUCUUUCUAUAAAUAUACACAAUUCCUACUCUUGUCAAUGGUCAACAUUCAUAAUUGCAUUCAUUGUUAUGGUAUGUAGUUGUUCGAUCAAAAAAGUAACAUUUUUAGCAAGCUAGAAUUCAAAACAAUGACUAUAACUUAUAAAGACUGCAGUAGCAAAAGAACUUUAACAAAUUACUUUCUAAACCACAAUGACCGGAUGCGAUGUAUUUUGUAUAUACAAUCGUACAUUUGCCAUCUACCAAGUUGUAGCACAUACGGUUACUUACACUUACAGUGAAACCUUCGCCGCACCCGAAUGUGAGAAAAUGCUUAUUAUACAAUUUCAAAACUGAACUGAUCUCGGCUAUUCAUUGUUUAUAUAAUUUAAUGAACACAAUAUUUUUCAAGGUUUCUUAUAUCACAAGCAUUUUGAUCCAGAAGUGUGCUAUUUAUAACGUAUCAUCGUGUAGUAGUCAUCUGCUAAGUUUGUCUAAACCAUGCCCCUGCGGUCAAUCUGGCCACAACUGGGCGAAAUGGAUUGUAUAGACUUAUGAAGCAAAGCAAAAAACCUUUCGACUGAGAUCAGAAGGCCCAGUGGUUUAUUUUUAUAUAUUUAUAAUAUCGUUUCGAGGUCCUAUUACUGUUAUUAUCAUGCCAUCGGUAUCAAAAUUGGCAAUACACCGAGGGUCACGUGAUUUAUAUACACGCAUACACGUCAAAGAGGUGUACUAUUGAUUAUAUAGUGAUGUAUAUUUUUAUAAUCAUUACAUUGGGGUCGAAACCAGGCACGAUUUUAUGAUCAUAUUGUUAGUUUAUUAGCAAAACACAGCACAACAUUUUCUAUGAAUCUACAAGGCGCAGAUGUUUUAUUUUGUAUAUCUAAAAUCUAAGUCUGGUCCUCAGCUUACGUUAAGCAAAUAAAUAAAAUGCGGUCAAAAUUGGACACUCUCGGGUAUUAGAGGUAAAGAACUUUGAACAACUUUAAUAAAACAAUGACCAGAGCUUUUCUUCAGAAAUGUUCACGCCCAAAGAUAAAUAUUUUUGUUAUAACUUAUUACGCAUUACGACAUGCGGUCUCGGGGAAGUUUUCGUCCCAAUUAUGUCAAGCUAAUAUUAUCCAUGCCCUGAUGUAUAACAUUGUAUAAUCGAGUAUUAUUUAAAUUGAGUUUGCAUGUGUUUUAUUAAUACAUAACACAUAAAAAUAAUAGGUAAUACUUUCAGACGAAAUGUGAUUUUAAAUGUCUCAUUUUAAAGCAUAGAACUGUAUAUUGAUUGUAAAAUAUUAUAAGAUAGCCCAUGUAUGGACAACAUCAUCGAUUUAUUUUAUUUAGCCGUACUGCUUUAGAUUGAAUAUAUGUGUUUCUUUUUCUUUCAAAAUAUUAUGGUAAGCUUUAUAACACGAAUGUGGGCCAAUUCAAUACAUACAGGAACAACACAAACUAGAAUGUAACGCGCUGUAUCUGUGCUAAACGUGUUGUGUUCUUGUCGCCCACACACAAUUCAUUUAAGUUAUGCAAAUUUAAGAGCAUUUAUGGUAACGUAGGUCUUUCUUAUUACUUGCUUUCCAAUAAUCUAUGUUACUGCAUUUUAAUUAUGGUUUAAUAUGCAUUAAACAUGAAUAACUGUUGUGCACUGUUCUUCUUAUUUUCAGAAUAAGCAAGGUAAGUGGUUUGCAAAUAUAACUGCAAGUCAUAUAUAGUUGCUUACGCAUGUAUAAUGGAAAUAAUUAUUUUUUAUUCUUGGUAUGUAUCCAUAGAGUGGGCUGUUCGGUUUCAAUGAUAUUUGUUCAACACGACCAGUUAUAAAGAUGGUGUUUUGUAAUGAAAGGAAAACGUAAAUAUUUCACUUAGAAUUAUGUUCUUCAUGUGAAUUUAACAUGAAACACUUUAUAUUCAUAUCAGUGGUGUGACGCUGAUAUGUCAUUACAUCAAUUUAAUAGCAAAAGUCACCCUUCCAAAUGCAUUAAAGUUAAAGUCAACAUGAAACAACCUAUGCCAUAACGAUCUACCAAUAUACACAUAUACUAAUAUGUAUUUCAACUGUACGGGUCAUUUUGAAAAUGAAGAAUAUGGUCAAUAUAAUAUUUAUGCAAAUAUUGUUAACUCUAAUCAGAAAUGCAGUAGGUGAAAUUACGCAUAUAAACCUAAAUACUGUAGUUGGUGAAUUGUGUGAUUUACCCAUAAACAGCCAGCUGAAGGAAUAUUGGAGACAUUUUCCUCCCGUGGACCCAAAUGAAUAAUUGAUUUGAGAAAAUUGCUCCAAAACAUUGGCUACAUAUCUUUUUGGAGAUUAAUUAAAAACAAGUUAUUAAUCAAACCUCUCUUAGGACAGGGUUUACGAUGUUUGGCUAUUUCAUAUUCCGAGCAUAACCAUGGUAUAUUAAUUUUUCAGUCAAUGCUUGUUUCAUUCCUCUAACAGAUAGCCUAUCUGUUAGAGGAAUGAAACAAGCAUUGACUGAAAAAUAAAUAUGCCAUGGUUAUGCUCGGAAUAUACCUAUCAUAGGUAGUGAUGUUCUUAUAAAUAUCGCCGGAGAAGGAUGCUUAUAACAUUGUAUACAAUAUUCGCAUGCUGGAUUGUAUAUUAUUACCUAUUAUUUAAAUACAAGCAAAUGAGCAUAUAUGAUACAUUUGAAAGUUUGUGUACACUUUUGCCUUUAUUAAUAUCGCAUGACACAAUUCCUUAGAGAGUAUAUAUAAGGAAUGUUCUCUCUUGCCAGGUCUAUCUAAAGUCAAGGGCAAAUCAUCUAACCAUUUAUAUGUAAAAUAUUUGAAAUCGCACUGUCUUUGAACAUUUAUGUUUUAGUAAAUACAAUUUUUGCGUAGUUUUUUUAUGAGAACGCAUUUAUCUAAUUAUCUUAAAAAAUUGCAAUUAUGCUGAAUACAUUGUUUUAGGUUCAAUAUACGUGGAUUUUGAACAUCCACGUAUCUUGAUUUAAAAGAAUAGUAAAGAUCGAGCCUUCUCUUACAUAUAACAUUCUCACAAAAACCCUAUAUUAAUAGAAUGCAUAAACAUUUUUUUUGUUAUUUUGGCGCAUGUGUUUUUAUUAUUGCUUUAUUUAUUGUAUUUUGACAAUGAGUUGUAUAUACUUUUAAAAGUCGUAAAUAAACGAUCUGUUCUGUUCUGUAUAAUUCUUAAUAAAUCAGCUUAGUAUAGUGUAUACGCUAUUGAAGUUGAAAAAUAAAUAACCAGCAAAGAAUCCAAUAAAUACCAGAAUCUAUAUAUAAUAGAAUAUCAUGAGUUUGAGCUUGUAUUUACUGUUUACGAAUUGUGCGCAAUAUAAUCGAUGAUAUUAUAAAUAUAUUGUUUUCAUUCGAACUUAAUUUACAUGUCUUGUGUGCAUUACGCUUUUUAAAAGAUUUCUCUUGUUAUCAUUGCUCUUCUUUCAAUGCCGUUUAUUUAAAAAAGGAUGAUUAUUGCGGUUCGUCAGUUUGAUGAUAGCAAUAAUAAUUCAUCAUCCUAAAUAAAAUAUUUACCUCUCUACCUUACAGAGCUAUUACAUGUGUCCCGUUUUGCGGCGUGUGCGAUAUUUUAUUAUUUCGAUUUACAUACCUACCACUACAUAUGUAUAUUUUUUACACAAGAUACUUAGAUGAACAUGAGCGCAUGUGUUCGGCGUGAUCGUCCCAAAACUCGAACUGCAUUUUACUAGAAUACGGCCCCUUUUAGUACUUCCACAAAAACGUAAGCGUGAAGUAACUACUUAUCCCCACAUCUAAUAAAGAUGUAGAUAUAAAAGUUUACACGUGUACUCAUUACCUCUAUAAUCAGUCACCGAUCGAGACUAUAACUCUUAGCAGGUUAAUGUUUUAGUUCCACAACUCAAUCGACCACAAUCGGGAUCGAACCCUACAACCUUCUGGUUUGUGAUCGCUCUACCGCGUUCCCAUAAAAAUUAGCAUGUAAAUCAUGGUUGGAAUCCACGGAUACUUAUAAAUUAACGAUUUUCUUCGUGAUCGACGGUAGGAGAUUUUGUUAGAAAAAGUUCGUAUUUAUGAUUACCUGAUGAUAGAUCUAACAAGUUUUACAAUUCUGCACGGCCAUUCAACCUAAACAAGAGUCGCGUUAUUAAAACAAUUCCACGCAGGCGGUGUUUGAAAUAUUUAUCAUUUUCUGUACGAAUUUGGCAUAAUGUUCCUUUAUCCGCUGUAAUGAGCCUAGCUUGAUAAACUUUAUUCGAGCGGUAUUUAAAACAGCAAUAUAUCUUUUCAGGCCGUUAGUUGUCAAUAUUUAUUAAGUUUUGCCAGCCAGUUCCCAUGCAGUUUAUGUUAUAGUGACUUAUGCAUAUAUCCAGUGGGUUUCAAUAGUGAUUGAUAUACAGUUUUCUAAUGCAUGCCCAUAUUUGUUGUUAAUUGAAAUGUUAACAUAAAACAUGGUUUACUUUUGUGUUGUUUUUGUAAUUUAUAUUAAUGUGUUGUUGUUGUUUUAAUUUCAAACAAUUGACAUUGAAUAGCUCAAAUUUACAGUUACAUUAUCAUAUACUUUUGUGUAACUACUUAACAAGAAAAUGAGCAUUUAAACAUUUUGUUAAAAUGGUUUCCAUUUUUUUUUGUCAGUCAUAAACAUGUUAACAGUAAUAAAAUAAUGUAAAUUUUUCAGUAAAUAUGACAGACGAAAUUAUGAAAGCAGCUUUUGUCGACGACAUAACAACCAGAAGAAAAAGCAAAUAAAGAGAACAUCGAACAGUUUUAAUAAAUGGCUGACAAAGAUGUAGGACAGGAAAAACUUAUGUUAUGCAGGUCCUUCAAAGACUUCGGAUUUUACUGUCUACUUUAGCAAUAUAUAUAAAAAUAUACAAAAGAUAAACUAUUGAUAUACAAUUAUAUAUUUGUAUUAAUAUUUUUUACAUACAUGUAAUACGGUACCUAUUUUGUUCUGAUGUCAUCUUUCAUAAUAUUUUGAUGUAUGAUUGAUCUCUAAAAAUGUUUUAUACAUUUUUAUUUAAAAGAAUUUAAGAGGACAAUGCCAAACAUUUUUUAAAUGAUAGCGAAUAAAGAUCUAUCAAUAACCCACGUUUUAACGCAAAAGAAACAUCUGAAAUUAUAUUGGAGAUAAGAUAUAACUGUUAUUUGUGCUAGGUGCAUUGAUCAUUUAUAUUUGUUUCUACAUUAGAUGCAUAAGGUAUGAAAAAACAAACAUUGAGGCUAUUGAAUAAUAAAAUUUUGUUUCAUAUAGUAUUUCUUAUGUUAUCUAUGUAUGGCUAUAUCAGCUACUUAUAUCAUCUUGGACGCCUGCCCCUGUGUCUACUUGUCUGAUUGUCUGUCUAAACACAAACUGUGUAGACACAAACUUCGACGAUUAAGUCGUACGUUUUACAACAUACAUUAUUUAAACUUGCAUUUAAUGUUCUUUAUGAUAAAAGUGUGCUCGUGAAA